AUGAUUUUAAGUUAAAUGUUGUUCGACAUUCAUCAAAACCGAAUUCUUUGCACUAUCGUUCAAUCAUUCUGAUUAGUGAGAAUACCACAAAAAUGUUCGAUUGCACCAGCAACCAACCAAUGACAUUACAUUUUGACGUAUCGUCAUUUUAAACCCUCUCACACACAAUUCACUAACACAAAAUGACUACCCAAGAAGAAAUCCCAUUAACCGAGGAAGAAAAAUACGAGCUGGCCCUCCAAACCGAACAUGAAUUGGCCAGAUUAUCCCGCACUUACACCAUCAUGGAACGCCACCGGGCCGAAUUCAUGCAGGCAGAUCUCGGCGGCAAAUUGGCCAAACACAAAAAAGUCUUGGACAUUUUCAAGAGGGAACAAAAGAAUAUUUUAACUGAUUUGGCGGUUGCUUCGGCUGAAGCAAGAACCAAAGAGGAUUUGAAAAAAUCUAGAAAACUUGCCUAUUUGUUAAAUGAAUAUGACGAUUUUGGUGAGCAAAUUAAAAAAGAGAAAAACUAUACAAAAGAAAUUGAAGAUCAGAUUCAAAUGGUUAAAAAAAAGUGUCUGGAAUUGGCCGCCAGGCAAAUUUCAGACGACAAAUAUCAAGAGAGGGUGUUAAAGGGCGAGCAAAUUGUGCAAACCUUGGAAAACAAGCUGGAAGUGCAAAUUAAAAAGUUUUGCGUCAUUUGCGCCGAAAACGUCCGACUCAGAUCGGAAAUCCAUCAUUUGCUCAACGAACGAAACGAGUUCAAUAAAAUUUGGGAAAGGCUCAUCAAAAACUUGUGCAUUGGCAAGAAGUUUAUGAUUGAUUUAAUUGAACAAGCCACCAUUGCUUACGAUCAAAGGGAAGAGUGGGUAUCGAAGUUGCAGAUUUUAAGGACAAAAGCAAAUAACGAUUUGGUCCUUCACAUCCAAGAAAUGCGCGAGCUUCAACGCAAAGGCGACAACGACGUCAAACUCCAAGAAUUCUUCGCGAUCAAAGGCCAAAAACGCAUAAUGCGCGACCUCGCCGAGCUACAACUCCAAAAACGCCUCGAAAACAAACUCCACAUCAACAGAAACCUGGAAAACUACCUAAAACUCCUCAUCGAAAUCAAAGAAUUCGCCGAACUGGACAACAUUCCAGAAAUUGCCAGGAAUUUCGUCCACCAUGAAGAAGACAACUUUGCCAAGUUCAAGUACGUCAACGAUCUGAAUAAGCAAAUGGAAGAACUUAGUGAUGAAUUAGCUGAACGUCAUUCAAGAAUCGACAAACAAUCAGUGUUGCACCAGGUUUUUAACAAACAGCAGCAAGAAACUUUGGAGAAUCUUGAGAAAAAGGUGGACGAGAAACAGAAGGAGACUGCGAAAAAAGAAGCUGAGUUGAAAGGGAUCGACACGAAAUUGAACAACAUUAUGACAGGGAUUGGGUCGUUGUUUAGGCUUUUUAGAUGCGAUAAUGAUCCUAUUAUACACAUGCUUGGCCACAACGAAACGAUCCACCACUACAACGCCGUACUCUACCUGCAAAUUUUGGAAAGGACCAUCCACGAAGCCCUCGUCACCGUUCACAGCAAAGCACUCCGUCCGACUUCGAAGAAAAAAGGAGCCAAAGCCGAACCGCACAUCGUCAGGCAAGACAUUAAACCUGAAGUUAUCGAACCAGUUGAACGAAUUUGCACUACAAAUCCGUGUCCAUUAUGUGUGGAACACGACUUGGUUAGUGAUGUUAUUGAUGAGCUUCAAGUUGCCUACACAAAAGAUCAAAUUCAAGCGAAACUUAAACGCCGGUUGAAAAUCGAAGGAGCACGCACCGGUUUACAUAACGUAUCAGCUUGUCAUUUGCCCAAAUCCAGGCAAAUUAUACAAAAAAGAUAUCAAUAAAUAUUAUAGUUAAAAUGUCAGCUUUAAUUCCCUUUUGGAACCGGGAUAAAAAUCCAGCAGAGAGAAUUGACGUUUUGAAAUGCGCCGGCUGGACAGCGGCCGACGAGGGAAUCGGAUUUUGAAGCAAGAAAGGCUAUGGUCCAAAUAUAAGCAAACGUUAACCAAAGUAACCUAAUCGGUUGACAGAUGGUUACUGAAAAUUCUGUUUACUUGGGGAAUAUGAAAUACAAAAUAAUUUACAGAAUUUACAGAUAAAACCAUAGAGAAAUAUAAUAAACCAAGGUAAGAGUACCUGAUUGAUAACAUGAAAGUUUGUAUAGCGCUGACGUCACAGCGACGGUGGCGUCA